CUGUCCACGAUCACUGACACCUAGCUUUCGACGGACAAACAGGCGCUUCGAGAUCAGAUUGAUUGAGAAAUCACCGGACCUUAGCAUAUGAAGCUAUGAAGGGUUCGCCCCCAGAGUGAUGCCGUCAACAAACAAACUCCAUACCCGAUGAAAUGUGAAGGAUUGAUUCAGCACGAAUCACACAAAUCAUUCACUCAUCCCCAACAUUUUCCUUCCACAAGUCACUCCCCAUCUCAUCUAUCAAGCUUCAACUUCUCCCUUCUCUUCUUCAACGCACACUCGACUCAUCCCACCUCAGCUGCCCAUCAGAAUCAGUCUUCACAUCACCCAGCCCUUAUUUCUGUCCUCAUCGCAUCCAACCAUGCUGCGCUCCCGCCCUGUCAAAACUCGCCGCACCGCAGCGAUCAACCUAUCCGCCAUCAACACCGAAAUCGACACCUUCACCGACCGCGUCGGCCCCGCGACCGUCGACCGCUGGAACGAAGAAUGGGCCGACCUCCUCGGCCGCGGCAGGGGCCCCCCCCCAAAACUAAAAUUCCCGCUCCUCGAGACGCUGCUGGACAACUUCGAUCUGGCGUUCGAGGCGCUGCUGUGGGUGCCACCGGCGGAGAUGCUCAAGCUGUUCACAAUCAGCAAGAAGUUCCAGCGGUUCUGCUGCGCGUACGUGAACCAGCUGCUGUUCGCGUACGCGAAAGUGUGGGUGCCGGGGGCAGUGCCGCUGCUGAGUUUCUACGAUGGGCAUCCGCUGUUCAUGAUUGCGAAGACGCCGUUUGAGAUGCCGUAUCGGGGGCCGGGGUCGCUGAAGCAGCCGGAGGACUUUCACGUUAGCAAGCAUACUUCGAAGUUCUUUGUGACGUGGCUUCAGAAGAUCAGCCGAAGGCAAACCUUGGUCGUUAAUAUCUACAAGGAGCUGGGAGAGCUCUGCUUUCCUGAGGCAUGCAAGGCAGCCAUGCAGAAGAUCUGGUUCCUGCUUGAAGUCGAUAACACCGAAACGCGAGCCGAGAUGAUCGCUAACCGCAACCUGUUCACGGACGAGGACCUCAAGCUCGCCGAGUGUUUUUUUUUCAAGCUCGACGAAGCCUCGCGCACCUUCGUCUUCAAAAAGGGCGUCACCAUCCGGAAGAUCCUGAUGGGUCAACGCACGAUGCGCCGCACCUACGACUUCGCGACCAACAAAUACUGCCGCAAUCACGCCGACACCAUCCGCGAAUGGGCGCGCCUCGCCCUCCGCCCCAAGCCGCGCUACCACGGCCAGAAUAUCUUCGGCCUGCAGUCCAGGGAACUCGGAAAGGGUUGCAUCGAGGGAUGGGGCAACGGCUUCAAGUAUCUUCGUCGGCCGGACGAGCUCAUCACACGCGAGCUCGUCAACCGCGACAUCGACCCGGACACGUGGCUGGAGGCCAUCUAUAAACACAUGAUCCCUACCACCAUCGAGUCGCAAGAGGCGUUGGCGCGCGCGAAGGACUGGGCGGCAGAGGUAGAGAUGAAGCAGGGGUUCUUCAGCCGGCAUCCGAGCGUGCGGAAGAGCCGCAGCCUCUACGGAGAGGAUCUCGAGCCGGAGGAUAUGUACAGCGUGAUGGAUCCGAGCAUCAUCCCGGUGCUGGAGGCGGACGCGUUUGGCGGGGAUCCGGACGAGAAGGAUGAGAUGGAGAAGGAGAUGGAGUGGAUUCAGGCAUAUCGAGAGUUCAUACAGACGUCAAAGGAUGAUGAUGCAGAGGAGGCGGUGAGGGCGUAUCAGAUGGACUAUCAGUUGUCUCAACCCCAUUAGUGGGAAAAACCUCUGGUUACCGUACGGCGUACAGUCAACGGGUUAAGACUCGGCAGUGUCAAAGCGUGCUAAAAAAACGGGCGUAUCUUGUAUGAUAGGAUUCCCUUCAGCGGUCGACCAGGAUAACCCAGGGAUUGGAGCGCUACUUUGGCAUACUUGUAAAGAGAUUAUUCCACAGCUUGAGAAUCUCUGACAAGGACCAUUGAUAAGUAUUUGUAGGAAGGUUGAG